GCGAACGUGGUAGCACAGCUUGAAUCACUUCAAACUGCGAAAGAAAAGCCAAGCGACAGCGGCAAUUUGAAAAUUCGAAAAGGAAAUCGGGUGCGGAGCGGUUAAUUUAAUUGAAAAUAAUAAAAUCGAGUUAUUAUUGUACGUUGCGCUUUCCAAUUUCGAGCGAAACAUAAUCGCGCCCAGUGUGAAAAAAAGGAAAACGCUCCGUCGAGUGAAAUUAAUUUGACAAAACUCCACCGUCCGCCCAUUCGACUCCGUGGUCAAGUGCCUGACAAUUGUGCAACCUCAAGACUCUUAACCUUAACAAUUAUAUUUCGGCCACAAAAACUAUUGGCACAAAUCAGUUCGAUCCGAGUGCUCGCUAACUCACUUUUACCUGCAGCAGUAAAAAAUUAAGCAAAAAGCGCGCCUUUGAAAACGAAAGCAAAACACAAGUUCAAUUCAAAGCCCCCCACGCUUUGCCAAACUCAAGUGGCAGCCCCCAGAAGACAGUAGACCGAAGACAGUAGACCGAAGACAGAAGACAGCAAAAUGGUUGAGAAAACAGAAAUGUCGAAAUUCGUUGGCGUUGCCGACAUAACCGAGAACAAGAAAAUCUGGCGCAUGCUGUUCGGCGAACUGGUGGGCACAUUUUUCUUGGUCUUUGUCGGCGUUGGCAGCACGACGAGCGGAAGUGUACCACAAAUCGCAUUCACCUUUGGCUUGACGGUGGCCACAAUCGCCCAGGGCUUGGGUCACCUGAGUGGCUGCCACAUCAACCCGGCGGUGACCCUCGGCUUCCUGAUCGUCGGCGAGAUGAGCAUCCUGAAGGCGGCCUUCUACAUCAUCGUCCAGCUGGUGGGCGCCAUCGCAGGAGCGGCUGUGAUCAAGGUGGCUCUUAAUGGACUGGUUGGCUCUGGGCUGGGUGUCUCCAGCUUCGAUCCUUCCCUGGACUGCGCCCAGGCGGUGCUCAUCGAGGCGCUGAUCACCUUCAUCCUGGUGUUCGUGGUGAAGGCGGUUUCGGAUUCUGGUCGUCAGGACAUCAAGGGAUCCGCGCCUCUGGCCGUGGGUUUGGCCAUUACAGCAGGACAUCUGUGUGCAAUCAAACUGAGUGGCGCCAGCAUGAAUCCCGCCCGAUCCUUUGGCCCCGCUGUGGUGCAGGGCGUCUGGACCUACCACUGGGUGUACUGGGUGGGUCCCAUCGCCGGAGGCCUUCUGGCCGGACUCGUCUAUCGGUUCAUCUUUAAGGUACGCAAGGGCGACGAUGAGGCCGACUCGUACGACUUCUAGGCGGAAGUCGAACCCUACCUUACAUGUUCUUGUAAAUGUCCGCACCCGCUUCCCAUCCGCAUUCCGCAUCGCCCAUUCGCUUUCCAUCCAGCCAGGGUCCCAUCGAAUCCGUUGCCGAAAUUUCUCUUAGAUUAGGUUCGCUCCACCACCAAACAAUCAAACAAACAAACAAACACCACCAACCAGAGCCUUUCACGCAAAUGUAACAUUUUUAUUUGUUAAAAAAUAAAAACCACGCAAGUGUCUUAUUUUAAUUGUAACGCGAGAAUAGCACGUGAAUAAUGCAAUAUUGUAUUUGAGUAAUUUUAAGCUAAAUUAUAUGCACAACAUCAUUACGCGAAUCGAAGGAAAACUGUAUUGAAGCUUAACUAAAUUGUACCUCGAAAGCACUUUCCCAUGGGAGCUCGAAUUCCCAAUUCUUGUUGAGCACCUACGAAUUGUAUUAUGACUAUGUGUAAUAAAAAAUAUUAAGAAAAUACAA